CCGGAAGCCGAAAGCCGGAAGGAGGGCUGUGAAGACGUGUUCGGAGGAAGCCGGAGCCGGACCCGGCUGGGCCGGCGACAUGGAACCGCUGUACCAGCAAACGCACAAGCAGGUCCACCAGAUCCAGUCUCACAUGGGACGCCUGGAGACGGCAGACAAGCAGUCUGUGCACUUAGUAGAAAACGAAAUCCAAGCAAGCAUAGACCAGAUAUUCAGCCAGCUAGAACGUCUGGAGAUUUUGUCCAGCAAGGAGCCCCCCAGUAAAAGACAGAAUGCCAGACUUCGUGUUGACCAGUUAAAGUAUGAUGUCCAGCACCUGCAGACUGCCCUCAGAAACUUCCAGCAUCGGCGAUACACAAGGGAGCAGCAAGAGAGACAGCGAGAGGAGCUUCUGUCUCGCACCUUCACCCCCAACGACUCUGACACCACCAUACCAAUGGAUGAAUCACUGCAGUUUAACUCCUCCCUCCAGAACAUUCACCACGGCAUGGAUGACCUCAUUGGAGGCGGGCACAGUAUUCUGGAGGGAUUGAGGGCCCAGAGAAUGACCUUGAAGGGGACUCAGAAGAGGAUCCUUGACAUUGCCAACAUGCUGGGCUUGUCCAACACAGUGAUGCGGCUCAUUGAGAAACGGGCUUUCCAGGACAAGUACUUUAUGAUUGGUGGGAUGCUGCUCACCUGUGUGGUCAUGUUCUUCGUGGUGCAGUACCUGACAUGAGCCAGCUAAGCCCAGCAGCUGGACAACGUUCCCACGGCAUGAGCGUGUGUGACUGUGUAUGUGUGCGUGAAAGAGAGAAGGGGGGCCCAGAGGCCAUGUUUUGAAAUGUAUGUCCGUCUUAACUGUGAAAACCACUCAGAAGUAAUUGUGACCUGUAACCCAGUGAGCGUUUCAAACCUGCUCUGUUUGUGACAUCUUGGAGAGGAUGCGAGUGCUACCAAGAUUCACGGUGCAUAGGAAAUGAACGAAGUACCUCUUCUCUCUUUGUCACUCUCACUCUCACUGGGGGUGGAAGUGAUGUAAUGGUAGGGGAUGAAGUAAGGAAAGGAAAAGAACGGCUUUGGUGGUUUUGUCCACAUACAUGAUGCACACCCCUGGAAGGCUUUCACGGUGACCCUUUCGGACAGGACUGCCCACACUUUUGUCAUCAUCCAGCUUUUCCAGCUCCUAAUGGACAGGAUGGAGCAGAAGCGGAGAGAAGGAGGGGAAAGAGGUCUUCUUUUCCUGCAUUCAUUACAGUAAAUGGAUUCACAUGCAACUAGCCACCCCACCCCCAAAAUGACAUGCAGAUGACUGACAGCUCAUACUUGUCACCCUUCCCCAGAAGCAGCUCCGUAGAGCAUUGGUGCUGUUGCUGACGAGUAAGAUUUUCCACAUUACAGCUGUUGGGUGUUGCUCCUUUCUAAACUGAGGCCACUGUUACUCUCUGGGCAUGUGCAGUCUUAAGACUAAAGACCCUAGUUACUGGAAUGGUUGGCUUUUAAGGUUCUAAGACUGCAGCCUGGCACCCAUGCCCAGGCUUUGUUGGGCUUUGGCCCCUUAGAAAGUAGCUGUGAGCAAAGGUUAGUGAUUUUUUCAUUACAAUCUCACCUCUAGUUUUAACAUCUGUAACUCUUUGGCUCUCUUUUCUUCCCUGGAAAUAUAUUAGCAACUGCCAGCCAAGCCCCCCCUCUGCCCAGCCAGUGUGGGCAGGUGCCACCCUAAAACUGUCUCUGGUAUCCUUGUGAGACCAGACCCUUUUCCCUUUUCUGACCAACCCUGGAUUAAGAAUGGUGUAUCGUGGAAUUUAUUGUAAAGGCAGUCUGUUUUGAUUAAUUGCUGAAAGUACCAGAAAGUCCUGUUUAGCAUAUUUUUUUCAUCGAUCACAGGCCCUCCCAGCCCUAUGCUCAGUAGCUUUAUGGCAAGACAUAAGCUAGCACUCAGAAUUUCCCAGACCGGAAACCUGGUCCGUAUUACUGCCACCUUUGAUUGUGUUGCCCCACCUACUGUCUUUAUUUCUUGUUACUUGGACGGUCUUCUGUUUCUUUCCCUUUUCUGUGUGUGUUCCAUUCAGCUUCCCUUUUCACCUCCCACCUGUUUCUGUAGCAGUAUUGGUCUUUUAAGCAACAUCUGUGGCAUAGAUCCCCUUUUGGUAAAUGAUUCUUAAUAGUCACAUAGGCCUCUUAGCAGUCCAUAAAAAUGGGUUUUUAAACUGCACAGACCUGGACUCUCGAAGAUCUUGCCAGACAGUGCAUUUUGGAGGAAGGUGCAAAAGGAGCAGCUAAGCCAUUUGGACUUGAACUCUGGGAGAGCAAAACUCGCCUGCCCACCCUCCCUCUAUUGGCUGAUGUGACAUCUGUUUUUAGUAUGCACCACUGGGUUUCCACACUUGUCUUUAUAGUGAUUGUUAGCCUUGAUGAACCAGCAGUAAGGCCUUCCCCCACCUUCAGAGCCAUUCUCCCUACUUUGUAAUAAAAAUUGUGGAGGCAUUUUGUGGGUCUUCCAUCCUGGCCAGGGAACUGCAGUCACAGUGUGUCUGUGAGAAACGCCUAACUGAAUGCUUGUCUCCACAAUCCCAUGUAGGGAAGGGUCUGAGGCCAGGACAGGAGCACCACCUAGUGGAGUCAGGGUGAAUUUACCAGGUUGAGCUGGUGCGAGAAUCUCCAUUUGACAAUCUGUGACCUUGUCCAGGCUUUUGGUAAAAGGUUUGCCUGUUGUGGUUUAAGACAAGUGGGUUGUCAAGGAACUUGGGAAUAUCUUCUUUCUGUGGAAUUUACUUGAGUGACCACCUUAAGAAAAGCCAAAUUCGAAGACCAAAUAAAUAGGAGAGUCUUGAUUUU